UUACUGUCAUUGACGGUAACAUGGUAGCUAACACAGUACUAAUAAACACAACACAGUAGGGCUUUUUUUAUGAAAGUAAACUGUCUUGUAAUAUGGCUGUGUGUGACACCAGAAAAAGGCAGAAGGUCUUCUCCAAGUAAUUUUCGUCUGGUGAUCGAUUCAGUUCGUGAAACUCAGAGUUACGAAACCGCAACUGCUCGUUCUUCUGCCAUUGUAUUCCGCUCUUCGCCCUCUGCGGACGGUGGAUGAACUUCACAUGGUAUUCGUGACGCCUACAUAUUUGUAGCUGAGUUUGUCCGUUACUUGCGUGUACAGACAGUGCAGACUGCCAUCAUCAGCUCGAUCUCGUGCAUGUGUGCGCGACUCUCCUUUGUUUCUCGGUCCCGCUCCCUAGCUAGGGCCGGUAGGGUCAGUCGCAACGACGUACCCACAAAUACACGUAAUUGGCUACGAAGCAUGGCGUUACCGAAAUUGGUGGCUCUGGACUUGGACGACACCGUGUGGCAUCCCGACAUGAUAGAUCUGGCCUCAGCCAACGGCGGACCUCCGUUCACAGCCGUUGGCGAUGGGACGCGCUUGCUGAACGACAAUUUUGGCCACCAAGUGAAGCUGCUCGGUGCGGCAGGAAACGUGGUGCAUGAGAUCAAACACGAUCGGAGAUGGACGCAGCAAGACACGAAGCUAGUGUGGGUGUCCAUGUGUGAUGAGCCGGAAUGGGCGCAGCUGGCACUCGGAAAGUUCAUGGCAACGCCAUGGGCCGGCAGUACGGCAGAACGGGCUGAAGGUGAAGAUAGCCAUUCGUCGUGCACUCCUGCUGCAGCCAGAUCCGAUGAUGAUGCACCACCUCUGAAUGCUCAAACAGGUGUUCCAAUGGGAACCCUAGCCGACGCGUCGUACAUCUACGACUCGAGCAGCAAGAUCCGCCACUUCCAGCAGGUCCAGGAAGAGUUCCAGAUUCCAUUUGAGGAGAUGAUGUUCUUCGAUAACAUGCGUUAUCACGUCCAGGACGUAGCUCGCAUCGGCGUGCACUGUGUGCAUUGCCCUGAUGGACUGACUAAGGAGAAAUGGCUUCAAGGGCUGGAUGAGUACGCUGCAAGGAAAGAGACAACUGUUGGUCAGAGAGUUGCUUCUCUUCUGGCUUGUGCAGUAUCCUCUUGUUCAGCCUUUGGUCGAGCUGUAAUGAUGGCGUUGCCAAAGCUUGUGGCACUGGAUUUAGACGGCACGGUGUGGCAUCCAGACAUGUACAUGCUCUGGGGUGGAGGUGCCCCGUUCACGGUGGAGGGCGACGGCACGCGUCGGCUGAAGGAUCGAAGCGGCCAGCACGUUGAGCUGCUGGGCAUUGCCGGUCACAUCAUACAUGAAGUAAAACACGAGCCGAAAUGGACCGAACAGGAUACCAAGCUGGUGUGGGUGUCGACGUGUGACGAGCCUAGCUGGGCAGACGAGUGCCUGCAUAAGUUCAACGCCACGCCGCAGGGCAAGAAAGAGCCACGUAUUCCAUUAAAGCAGCUAGCAGAUGGCGAGUACAUCUACUCUGCCGCGUCGAAGCAAGACCACUUCAAGCGCGUCAAGCGCGAGUUUGGCAUUCCGUUUGAAGAGAUGAUAUUCUACGACAAUCAGAUGAACAACAUCAGCUCGGUAUCACGGCUCGGCGUGCACUGCGUCUACUGUCCAGAUGGCCUCACGAAGAGUGUGUGGCAGAAGGGACUGGAUGAGUAUGGCAAGAAGCAUGCUGCUUAACUGAGUUCACACUGAUGGAUUUGUUGUGGUGUGAUGUCGCAGAGGCGUAAAUGCGAAUCGCUGUAUUUCCUUUCGAGUAUGAUCUCUGCAUUGGAUUCUAUGCGGCAUUGCAAGGGCUAUUCGCUCUAGCACGGCUACUGGCAGAAGGGAUAUUAAUUAAUUUAUCUAGACAAUGAUUGCAGUUCAGCCAGCAUGUCGUUGCAUGUAUGCCUUGCCCAGUCCCAGUGUGGAUGUGCAAGCAUAGUUGGCGAUCAACAGCAAUCUAAUUUGCCCGACGGAAGCCCAACAGAGCCGUCUGGUGUUGGCGGCACAAUGAUGUAUGCGGGUAUCUUUGGCUCCAUUCCAGCUUGCGUAUCUGUCCUGCCUUUAGAAAAUGCUACAAGUUUGAGUUAUUAUGUUGAGAGGUCCCUGCAUGUACUGUGUUGACAAUUUUUUUUUUUAAAGUUUAGCAAUACCCUGAGUUUCAACACAAAGCAGCUAUUUGAAGAAUAUUAAAGGCAACUGUUGCCUUGCUUUUUUUUACGUUCUUUGCUUGUUCUAUGAGGCCUGUGGGUUUAAUUUUGUUCGUAGGAACCCAUUUCAUGAGCUUUGAUGGUGCUCGCUUCUGUUCAGUGUCGAGGCCGACGCUGAACAUCUGCAUGUAUGUAAGUACAUGUUUGUAGAGCGCUUCAGCCCGGAAAUACUGUUGGGAAAUUCCGCCAAGCUGCACUGCAUGCGGGUCUCUUGCUCUCUCUCAUGUGCUGUGCGCGUAUCUCAUUUAUGCCACGUGGACAAUGUUUGCAGCGGUAGUCUUGAUAUGCUAUGUGGCGUCAUUAUGGAGCAUGACUUGAUUGUGUAGCUGCUGCUUUUUUCUUCUUUUUCUGAAUAUGCUCAGAGUAGAGUAUGCGUGUAGCUUA